AUCCCAGUUUUCGGAAAUGAACUUCCGAAUUGUAUCAGAAGUUCAAAUUUUUUAGUUUUUUAUUUUGUCUCGCAUAUUAAUCGAUUUCAAUUUUUUACAGGAACAUGUCAGACAACCAAUCAGCACGCAUUAGACAGGGUAGGGAGACCCAGACUGCGUCGGCUAGAGAGGGAAUGGGUGACGCUAAGGGAAGAAAGGGUUCUUCAACCUCGUGCUCUCGCGGAGUGAAGGAGGUGAAGGAGAAGAAGAAGGUUUUGACUGGUUCUGCUUCUCGUCCUCUGGGGGUCCAUGGCUCGGACGUGCAGGCUCAGUCUUCAGGCGUGAGAGUCAUGAUCAACGCUGAUGGUUCUGAGACUGAGUGGGAUGAGGAUUGGUAUAAUUAUCUUCAUUCGGAGGAGUUCGUUCAUCGGGCAGAAUAACGUGUUUUUGUUUUGUUUGAUGUGUAUUUUGUAACGCUCGUCGGGCAGAAUAACGUGUUUUUGUUUUGUUUGACGUGUUUUGUUUUGUUUUGAUUUCGGAUUGUAUCUUUCGCACAGUGUUUUUGGAUUGGAUUUAUCAUAUUAGUAUUUUCAGUUUAUCUGUUGCUUAUUUUUAUUUGGCGUUUGCGUUUAAUUAAAAUGCGAGACAGUUUAAGAAAAAACAUAAAAAAAAAACACAGUUUCUGCAUAA